GUUCUUUCUGUAGCUUCUUUAGCCUCUAGGAAUGGAGAUGUGGUUGCAAUUAUCAUCCUUUUGGUUACCUCUUUUGCAUUGGGCAUGGAAUUUAAUUAUGUAUUGCGUCAUGAUGGGUAUGAGAUAGACUUGAGGUUUGCACAUAUCUUAAAUACAAUGCCCUAUUGGGAUGUUUGCCGUUGAGUUUGCAAAUAGCUUUUGGCUUCCAGUUUUUGAAAUGAAAUUCUCGAGUGUGUCAAACACUGAAAAACUGAUUCCACCUUAUUUCCACAGCAGAUUUCUUCUCCAAACUUCAUUUUGGAAAAGCUACAAUUUAAAGCUUCUCUUACACUUUUCUGAAAUGGUUUUUCAAAACCAUUUUGCGAACACCCCCGUUGUCUAUCAAACUUAAUAUAUUCUCCAUUGGUGUUCUUUUUAGUGUUGGUGGACAACUGAUGUGCUUCAAUUUUCUUAUCUGGAAGGAUGCAGAUAUGUUUACAGGUAAAUGUUGGUGUUGAAUUUUUCAGAGAUCCUAUACUGGAAAUACUUCAGUUUGAGAGACCUCCGGAGAGAAAUUUGCCUUCUGGGAGUUGGAAAAGUUUGACUUACGUAGAUCAAGAUCCUUGUGAUGAGCUCUUGAAGUGGGUGCUUCCUUUGGAUAAUAAGAUUCUUCCUCCAGUCCAACCUCCUUCCCCUCCUCAACUUAGUUAUUCUCCUUCUAUACGCACCUCAUCCGCAAGGAUCAUUUCGUCACCAGCAACUGGUUCUCAGCUUUUCUCUUUUGGGAACUUCAGAAGUUACUCCAUGUCCUCACUUCCGUCAAAUAGUGUGCAGCCGUCAUCUGCUUCAAACUCUAAUUCCAUACCCAAUUUUGAUCCCGAAAAUUGGGAACAGUUCUCAUUUCAGAAGGCAAUCAAGAGUGAAAACAGCAGGAAUGAAGGGCUUUUGUCUUUUCGAGGUGUGUCCUUGGAGCCUGAAAGAUUUUUGGGUCAUUGUGGUUUGGAAGGGGUGUUUAUGCCCGGAAGGAGAUGGAGAAGGAAAAUUGAAAUUAUCGAACCAUUAGAAGUCAAAACGUUUUCUGCCAAUUGCAAUUCAGAUGAUCUCAUUUGUGUUCAAGUAAAGAACAUUGCUCCAGAACAUACACCAGAUCUUGUCUUGUACAUAGAUGCCAUUGCAGUUGUCUUUGAAGAAGCAUCACAAAGUGGACCUCCUUUAUCAUUACCCAUUGCAUGCAUUGAAGCUGGGAAUGAUCAUUGUUUACCGGAUUUGGCUCUCAGGAGAGGUGAGGAACACUCUUUUAUUCUCAAACCAGCCCCCCGCACUUGGAAAAACUCCAAGGGUAACAGUGAGAAAACUUCAUGGUUACCACAUAUGAAAACGAGAAAUGUAGCAUCAACAUUGCAGCAUUCCUCAAAUGUUGUGGGGAACAAUAUCUCGACAACUGCUGAUAAGUAUGCUAUUCUUGUAUCAUGUGCAUGCAAUUAUACUGAGUCUAAGCUGUUCUUCAAACAGCCCACAAGCUGGCGACCACGGAUAUUUAGGGAUUUGAUGAUAUCUGUUGCAUCAGAAAUGUCAAAACAAACUCUAGUUUCUGAUGAGAGCGGGGCUCAGCUUCCAGUACAGGUCCUAACACUUCAAGCAUCAAAUUUGACUUCUGAAGAUUUGACGAUGACAGUACGGGCCCCAUCUUCCUUUACUUCACCGCCUUCUGUGUUGUCAUUGAGUUCUUCUCCAACAUCACCACUUAGCCCCUUUCUUGGCUCUUCCGAGCUCUCAGAAAGAAUGAACAAUGAGAAGGCCAUUUCUCUACCUGAUGCCCUUCCAAGUAAUGAUUUGGGUUGCACACAUUUAUGGUUGCAGAGUAAGGUUCCCUUGGGCUGUGUUCCUUCUCAAUCCACUGCCACAAUCAAACUUGAGGUUCUUCCCUUGACAGAUGGCAUUAUCACACUCGAUUCCUUCCAGAUUGAUGUGAAGGAGAAAGGCCUCACGUAUGUACCGGAGCAGUCUCUGAAGAUAUAUGCAACUUCGAGCAUUUCCACUGCAAUGAGGUGAUUUUAAAUUGUUCUUGAAUGGUAUAUCAAUUUUUUUGUAGUGGGAAUUAUGACAUAGACUAUUAGAGGAAUCUGUCUUUACUUCUUCCCUUUAUGUUAAUCUAUCUAUGAAUCUAAGAUGCUGCUUUAUCAGCACCAAAGUGUUGUACCAUUAAAUUUUUUUGUUGUAA